GCGAGGGGCCGACUCUCGAACCACCCAGCUGGCCUCGGAGAGUUCCUGACUUGUCAAAAAAAAAAAAAAGAAAUCUAGUAAAAGAACGCUGAAGACAAAAAGAGAUUCCAUAUUGUGGAUUCUGGCUCCGUUAUCAUGAAUGACACUUUGACAUCAGAUGUCGUUGGUCAAAGAGUUGAAGUCAAUGGAGAACGUGCCACGGUUCUUUUCUAUGGCCCUGUCCCUCCUGUGGCAGGACUCUGGUUAGGAGUAGAAUGGGACAAUCCCGAGCGGGGCAAGCACGAUGGAAGCCACGAAGGGACUGUGUAUUUUAAAUGCAGCCACCCAACAGGAGGAUCCUUUAUUCGUCCGAACAAAGUAAACUUUGGAGUAGACUUCCUUACUGCAGUUAAGAACCGCUACGUGUUAGAAGAUGGACCAGAGGAGGAAGGAAAAGAGCACAUUGUUAAAAUUGCAAAUAGACCCGUGGAAACUAUCGGUUUUGACUCUAUUAUAAAACAGCAAAGCCAGCUGAGCAUGUUGCAAGAAAUUUCUUUGAGGAACUGCGCAGUAAGUCGUGCUGGUGACAAAGGAGCCAUUGCCAAAGCGUGUCCUAAUGUUAGAGAAGUAGAUUUGUCAGUGAACCUGCUGUCAGCCUGGGGCGACGUCGUGGGUAUUGCAGCUCAGCUCAGACACCUGGAAGUCCUCAACCUCAGGGACAAUAAGCUGAGGUUCCCCCCUGGCGCACCGUCUCCCGCCGGAGUGUUUCCUGCACUGAAGGUUCUAGUCCUCAGCCGGACAGGAGUAACGUGGGCCGAGGUGCUCCGGUGCGCUGUGGGGUGGCCGGUCCUUGAGGAGCUCUACCUGGAGUCCAACGGCGCCACCAUCUCAGAAAGGCCGGCCGACGUUCUACAGAUGGUCAAGUUAUUGGACCUUUCCCAUAAUCAGUUAAUUGAUGAAAAUCAGCUGUUUCUAAUAGCGUAUCUGCCCAGAUUAGAACAACUAAUUCUUUCUAACACUGGGAUUUCUUCUCUACAUUUCCCGGAUGCUGGGAUUGGGUGCAAGACGUCAAUGUUUCCUUCUUUGCAAAACCUUGUAGUCAACGACAACCAGAUAUCGCAAUGGUCAUCCAUCAACGAGCUGGAUAAGUUGCAGAGCCUGCGCUCCUUGUCCUGCCGCAGAAACCCCCUGACUGAGGGAAGCGGAGCGCAGGCCGCCUACCAGUUCAUCAUCGCCAAGAUCGGCCAGCUGCACACCCUGAACAAGUGUCAGAUUCUCCCCGAGGAGAGGCGUGGAGCCGAGCUGGAAUACAGAAAAGCCUUUGGAAACGAGUGGAAAAAGGCGGGUGGACAUCAGGAUCCAGACAAGAACAGGCCGAGCGAGGAGUUCCUGGCAGCCCACCCGAGAUACACGGCGCUCUGCCUCAAAUAUGGUGCACCUGAAGACGGGGAACUCAAAACACAACAACCGUGUCUGCUCAAAAAUCAGCUACUAACACUGAAGAUAAAAUAUCCUAACCAUCUUGAUCAGAAAGUCCUAGAGAAACAACUACCAGACUCCAUGACAAUUCAUAAGGUGAAAGGACUGCUGUCACGUCUUCUCAAAGUUCCUGUGUCAGACCUUCUGUUGUCCUACGAGAGUCCCAAAAUGCCGGGCAGAGAGAUUGAACUAGAAAAUGACCAACAGUCAUUACAGUUUUACUCUGUAGAGAGUGGAGAUUGUCUGUUAGCGCGAUGGUGACGGCCAACUAAUGAAGCUCGGAGACUAGACUGUUAUUGUGACUG